AUGUCUUCCUCACAGCCGGGUUCGCGCCGCAUCAGCUCGGUCAGCAAUUCCAAUACAGAACCUUUCCCUUCGAUCCCCGAAUCGCCGGCAGGCCCAAGUUCUACCGACAACAACAACAACACCACCACGACCAGUACCACGACCACGACUACAACCGUACACAUCCCUUCUCGUGGGAGACCCUACACGAUAACCUCCACCCAGCCGCCGAACCAACAUCCCACUAUUGUUACGUCCGCGCCGGACAAUACCGUCAUAACCAACGCGACUGCGACGAACCCGGCCGUCACGAGAACCACCUAUACCGCCCCUCAGAUCAACCAGAUCAAUCAGAUCAACCGAUUUCGGCCAGUCGGAAUCAGGAGACUGCCCUCGUCAAACCUGCGAGCGGCUGCACAAGAUGGAGAGUCCUCAUCAAGUCAACCUCCCAGUCGGGCUGGGUCUGGUAGGGGACGCAGCAACUCUGCACCACAACGUCCCAACCUGGGUAUUCCAGGCUCAAAUACACUUACCAGGCAAAGUACGCGACAGUCACUGCUGCCGACCCUUGCCGAAACCCCAUCGGCACCCGGAGCAGUACCGGCAGAUGGCACCGUGGAUCGGGACACCAUGAACGAGAACGUAACAGGCGGCGUGAGCCGGAGACGGAGUAUCAGCAAUGCUGCCCGUUCCAUUAUGAGCAGGAUGAGCGACACGUCGAGGGAACGACAAGAACCUGAGUAUGAAUCAGAAGUUGUCGACUUGCUCGAUGUGCUUGAUCCCGAAGUCUCGACACUGACGACGCUCAACAACGUCCAGAACUCGCUGUUCGUGCCAGACUUGGGUAGAUGGCUAAAUCGAAGACCGACCUACACGCUGAGUCGUCGGCCAACGCAGACCCGGAGACCUGAGACCAUUGACGAAAAGCCCACGGGCGUGACCCCAGAUACUACCGAGGCGACGCCGCCCCCAGAAGAGCCACCGGUGGCAGCCCCGGAAGAGGAGGAGGAAGUGGAUGCUCCUGCCACCAUGCAAAGAACCUGGUCAUGGCAGCGCAAACCUCAGAUCGAGCGUACCCACAGCAUUACAUCGGUUGUCUCGGACUCCCAUUUUGCCGUGUUGCCGCACGGGGUUUCGCUCGAAGGGUGGAGUGACGAGGAUAAAGAGGCGCUGGACGACCAUGUCCGGCACAUGCUGCACUCGAAGCGGUCGAAAUUUAAGCAGAGAAUGAUUGCAUUUGGGAAGUAUAUCCGGAAACCACUUGGGUUUUGCGUGUUUUUGUAUGCUACUCUAAUUACUUUGUUUGGUUUGGCUUGGGUUCUUUUCUUGAUUGGUUGGAUUUACGUUGGAGACCGACAGGAAUACGACGUCAAUGUAAUCGACAACGUGCUUGUCGCCCUUUUUGCGGUUGUCGGUGACGGACUCGCACCAUUCCGAGCGGUAGACACGUACCACAUGUGUUUUAUUGCUCACUAUCAUCACUUGACUUGGCGGUUACGACGAGAAAAGGGCAUGCCGAAACUGCGCGACCGCAAUGACCUCCCUGCUCAAUCGGAAAAGGAAGCUGACCCCGAGUCUGGAACUCCAGAGGACUCUGAAUUCUCGGUCUUGACGCCCAAGCAGCAGCAAAAGCUCAUGCACCACCAAGCAAAGUUCUCCAAGUCCCAUUCUUUCUACAAGCCCCACGAGACAACCACCCAUUAUGCUUUUCCGUUGCGCUUGCUGGUGGCCAUCGUGGUGUUACUCGACUGUCAUUCACUGUUCCAGAUCGCGCUCGGCACAUGUACUUGGUCGAUCAGUUACCACCACCGCCCGCAAGCACUGACUGCGACGAUUCUCUCAUGUUCCAUCACGUGCAACAUCACGGCAGGGAUUUUAAUCGCCAUCGGAGACCGGAGGACUCGCAAGAAGGAUGUGGCUCUGAGGAUGCAGAGACAGGCCUUGACCCAGACCGCCAUCAAGAAGGUAGAGAAACACAAGCGGGAGAGGAUGGAACACGAUCGGGAUGCUCACAUCCGAGACGCCAAUUUUGAAGUUAUCGAUGAAGAGACUGCCGACCAGUCACGAUCAGACCUUGACAACGCCAGCCUGUCGGACCUCAUCCGCGAAGCUGCCUUUGGACAACUCAUCAGGUGGCUCUCUGGUCAUCCCCUGUUCCAAUACCCCGAAGACCAAGCGGACUUUCAACUUCCUCCACAAUACCAAUUUCUCCUCAACAAAGGAGAGGGUGAAAGCGCAGAUGACCCCAACAUCGAGGAGAUUACUCUCUCGCCUACUCCAAGCAGGACGGAGAGUCUCCCUUACAGCCAUGAACGCUUCGAGAUCGAAGGACAGCUUGAGAUUGAGAGGAAAAGGUCCCUAUCCAUUGUGCCUAAGCAGACCAAGGACGACAUAAUCCUGGUGGAUUGGUACACGACCGACGAUCAAGACAACCCGUGGAACUGGAGCAGCAGGGAAAGGGCCUUUGUCAUCUUUCACCUUUGUUUUUACACUUGGGUUGUCUAUAUUGGUUCGGCCAUCUACGCAGCCAGCGAAGGGGGCGUCAUGAAACAAUUUGGAGUCAGACACACCGCUGCCAGCCUCCCGCUGUCGUUGUAUGUGCUGGCUUCCGGCGUUGGACCGUUGCUUUUCGCCCUCUGA